UUGAUUUACAAAAUAUCUUAAGUAAUUUAAAAUAUGAAUAGAUAAAAUAACCAUUAAUAAAUAUAGAAUUCAUUAUAAAAUGGGACUAUGAAAGCUUAUAAAUUCCAAUUUGAUUUAUUAAUUGAACACAUAUCUAUAGCUCUAUCCUUUCCUUGUUAGAUUUAAAUUUUAUGGAAGAGAGGAACUCAUAAAAUAUAUACAAAAAAUAAGUCAGAGUUGAAUUUAGAAACAAGAUUUGCAGAUUUUCAUGAAACUUUGUCAAUGAUGACAACUAUCUUUUAAACUGAAAGUAAUGCGAUUCUUCCAAAAAAAUCUUCUCUUACAGUAGUUAUUUAAACGCCAAUGGGAAAUAAAGUUGGAGGGGUUGCUAUUCUAAAUCUUAAUGAGUUUUUACCAAACGACAAUACCAGUUUAUUUACUAUGAAAAGCAUCAAGCACACAUAAAGCCAAAUUCUAUAGUUAUAAAAAUGUCCUGAUUAAAAUGCAUACAUUAGAGUAUAAGUUACAUCUUAAUUUGUGUCUGAAUGCCUUGAUAAUGAAACUAUGAGUAUAGGUAGUUGUGGUUCUAGAUUACAUUUGAAUUAAGAAGGAGAUGAAUAUUUAGUUGAUUAUACUACGCAGUAAAUGAAUGCUUUGGGGUAGUAAAAUUCAAAAAUUUCAGAUGAAAGAAACAAUUUUACAUUUUCAAUGAAUAAUGUCAAAUCAGAGCCAUCCUUAAAAGAUAAAACUAAUGCCCUAACUCAGUAUGAUAAUUUUAAUAAAGUUCCAACAAAAGAAUAAAUAGAAGAAACUUUAAGACAUAAAAAGAGGAUGUAGUAGUUCAAUUUACCAAGCUCUGCAAAUGUAAAUGGAAGUGCUAAAAGAGAUAAAAGGGUAGCAGCUGGACUGAAUACUUCUUCAUCGUCAAAUUUAUAUCAGAGUUAGAACUAAUAUUCAUCAAAUAAUACUAACUAGUUUAACUCUGCAGCUGAUGAUAAAAAUGAUGAAGUGAGUAAGUUGAAAUAUGAAAAUUAAAGAUUAAAAGAGGAAUUAUUGAGGAGUAAAUUUAGAAAUGACACGGAUUUGUAAUCUACUAUGAUGAACAUAGAAUCUGAAAAUGAGAGAAUGAAAAAUGCUGUUAAAAUUCUUGAAGAAGAAAAACAGGAUAAAAUAGAAGAGAUUAAAAGAUUAUAAAGUAAAAUCGAGGAGUUUAAUAAUAAAUUAAAAUAGAAUCUGUCCCUUCAAGAAGAAUAAGAAGAGAAGCUCUUAUAAAAUAAAAAAGCAAAUGAUAAAAUUGUGGAAUAACUCGAAAAUUUACAAAAAGAAUUUACUAGAGAAAUGGAAGAGAAAUAAAUUCUAAUUAACAAAUUAAAAAAAGACAAAUAAUAGUUAAUUGAAGAAAAUGAAAGAAUUAAAAAUAGUUCUCUAGAAAGACUUGAAUAAGUAGAAUAAACUUCAAACAAAUUGAUUUAGUAGAACAAUGAUUUAGUUAAAAAAAAGUAAUAAUUAAUGGAACUUUUAGAAGAAAUGAAUAGAGAAAAAUCAUUAGAAAAAGAUAAAUAUGAGAGGCAAAUAGAAAUAAAUAAGCAGUAGAUUGAAAGUGCUCUGGAUAGCAAUAAAAAGCUUUAAUCUAAUUAUGAUAUGUUAUUUAAUUCUUUAAAUUAAGAAAAAUUAUAAAAUUAAUAGUAAAUGUAAUAAGUUCUCGAUAAAAAUAGAUAGCUCAUGCAAGAGAUUAAGGAUUUAUAAGAAAGAAUUGAAGAAUAAGAGAGCGAAAAUAUGUUAAAAGACUAAGAAUUGGAACAACUUAGAGAUGAGAUUAAAGAAAAAGAAAUAGAAAUAUCUUAGUAAUUAAAAGGUAUGCAAGAAAUAAAACUAAAGAUUUAAACAACAUAAUAAAAAAACGAAUAAGAAUUCCUCUUUGAAAUAAGAAAGAAAGAUGAUUUGAUUGAAAAUUAAAUAGCCUAGAUUUAAGCUCUUCAUACAAAUUAUGAAGAACUUGAAAAAAAUUUUGAAACAAGGCAACAGCAGCUUGAAGAAAGAAUCAAAACUAUCAAAGAAAGCAAUAAUUUAAUUGAGUAAAACUUAUAAAAAAAAGAAUUAUAAGUUAAGCUUGAAUCUGAAAGGUGUUCUUUAAUUGAAAAGGAAUUGGAAAUGCAUAAAUAACUAAACAUUUAAUUAAGUGAGAGAUAUGCACUUUAAAUUUAAGAAAAAGAAGCUUAAAUUGAGUAAUUUUAAGAAUAAUUGUAAAUUUGUUAAAAGGAAAAUAAGUAAGGCUAAGCUGCUUAACUAAAUUAAACUUCGUAUGAAACUGAAAAUUUAAAAAUACAAUUAGAAGAAUAAAAGCAACUAUUCAUGAAAAAAGAAGAAUCAUAUAAAAAAUAGUUAUAAAAACUAGCUAGAAUGAAUGAAAAGCUUGAAGAAGAAAAUAUGUAAAUGAAUUUAAGGAUGAUGAAAGAUUUAGAUUAAAUAGCCAGAAAAUAAGAAGGAUUUUCUAAAGAAUAUUCAAAAAUUUUGUGUGAAAGAAAAUAAUUAAAUGUCUCUGUAAGUAACUGA